CGGUUUUUCAAAAACGAAACACCACCAACAUCAACCACCACCCGCGACAAGACAACAAGACAAUCGCAGACACUCAAGAUGACAGCCGCGCAGGCUUCGACACCGGGAGAGGAUUCAAACAACAGUACCGCAAUGUCCACCUCUCAAAAGGGGAAAACCAAAGAGCCUGAGCUCAUGACAAGCCUGUCGACAAACGACGCUGGCGUUCUUGCGCGCGCAUAUCUGCAAGCAGCAACAGACGAGUACAACAACCUUUUGGGGGACGCUCAGCUAGGCCCCGACUCAGACUACCAAACCUCUGUUGAGCAGAUCAAAACAAUCGCCGCCAAGUACAAGCUCAAAGCCUUUCCUCUGUCACCGAAAUCUGAGGCACAGCAAUACGUCAAGAGCUUGCUGGAGAAGCCCUUCACCGACAACAUCAAGGACCUGCUCCAGCAAGUCCGCAGUGUGCUGGAUGAAACGACGCCGACGCCACAGGUGACCUUGAGGGUUGCAAAAGGGUUCCUGAAGAAGCUUGACAACGUGACACGCAAAGGGCUGUCCGAAGAGCAACGGCAGUUUCGACAAGAUUUGGAGUCAAGCGUAACCCCCAGCAGCGCUGCCAAGGAGAAGGAGAAGAACAAGGAUUCGGCCCACAGAACAGUCUAUGCGCAGCCGUUCUCUGCCGAGCUUCUCUGCCCCAACUGGCACCUGCACAACGAGGGGUUUCAACGGGCAGUCGAUCAGGGCACAAAGAGGGGCUUUUCUGGCGUAUUUUGCACGCCAGAGACGCGGUUCAACGACCGCAUGAAGAUACCUCUGCUCAAGGCUUGUGGUGAUGCAAAAGUGGACGUCAAGAGCCAUGCAUCAUUUGAGGCCGACACCGCUGUUGUCGCCGACUAUGUUGUGCGUCUGAUGUCAAACCUUGACUUCUACCCGCUGUUGCUUGAGCUCAAGACCGAUGGCAGCCAGCCGACGCAGGAUGCUGCCAAGGCGCAGGUGCUGGAGUACGCAUCACGGGCCAUCAAGUCUGCGGGGCCGCAAUGGCGUAAGUUGAAGGGGUAUUUGUUUCCCUUUGCCAUCACCGUCUGCGGGCAGAACGUGUCCGUGUACGCGUGCACGCUGGGCGAUGAGGUGCACGGCAAGGAGGCCUUUCCCAGCGUCCUCCACACAAAACUUUGCGACACCAAAUUGGAGAAACUCGGGAAUGUCAUUGAGUGGCUGCUUGACAAAGAGCACAUGGCGCAUUACGAGAAUAUUGCCGCCAUUGCCCAGGGAAAAGGGAGCGGUCUCACCUCCAUUCUGGAGCACAGAGUCUGCAAUGUGUCAUCUACAGCUGACGGUGGUGCGCGCAACAACAGUGGCAACGGCGACACCAACGACAGCGCUGAUGGGGAUGUGCAGAAUGAGGAAGAGCGCGACAAGGCAGCCACGCAGACCGACACAGCAGACAACGGCAAGGAGGGGCAUCAGCGUCAGCAGCUUGCGGUCACCAAAGCAGCACGGGCGAGGUCUGCCAAAGUUGCCACGACAUACGAAAUGUGCGUCUACAAAGGCGAUGAGGAUACGGUCACGGUUGCAUUGGUGAACGGCGAGGUGUUGAAGGUGUGCGGCGGCCACGAGAUUGGCGCUGCCAAGGAGGCUAGCAACGAACGGAAAGGCUGGCAACACGUCUAUCCAGAGGAAACGGUGAAAGUGCACGAGCGGUCACGCCCCGUGUUUGCCUGUCCCGACCUAUCGAAGCAUAUAACGGGCGCGGGCACCGACGGCAAGAAGGCGCUUCUUGGCACGGGCAUCAAGGACGAAGCGGGGCUUGCGGCCGCUGCUGAGUACCUCCUCCGCUUGUCGGAACGGGAUCUAUGUCACCGUGACAUUCGCUCGCACAACAUCCUGCGCAACGGCUGCAUCGUCGACUUUGGUUUCCUCUGCAAGGCUCGCUCGCGGGAUGAAGCACAGGCCCCCCCUUCGUCGCUUCCCGAAUCUUACUCCACGCGGCUGCGGGAGCGCCCUCGCAAGUGGCUGCUGCAUCACGACGCAGAAGCGAUUCCUGCAGACGUUGUUCUGGAUUGGGAAUCGCUGCUGUUUGCAUACGUAUUCUCCUCCACUUCUCUCUCUGAUGCCAUGUACCGGUUGCUUGAGGGCAAGGCGUUCCUGUUGCAGUGGCUGGAGGCCAAGUUGGCCAAGUUGGACAAGGACGAGAAGCAGGCGACAGCAGCUCUGCAGGACAAGAGCGACUACGACAAGAAGAAGGAGACAGCAGCGCUGCAGGACAAGAGCGACGACGACAAGAAGAAGGAGGAGACAGCAAAGCUGCUGCGCAACAUUAUGCAGCACAUUGCUUGCGCGUACUUCUAAAUGGAGUGCGCUGCGUGUGUUUGUGUGUGUGCGUGUGGG